GUUAUCCUGAAGGACCUGGAAGUGCUGGCUGAGAUCGCUUCUUCCCCGGCAGGACAGACAGAGGGUCACGGUCCCUCCAACGGCUCCGAUGUGCGACCUGGCCCAGUGGAGCUUCACGUCCCGGCCAAGGCCGGCCAGCUGAGCUCCGGUACGAAAGGCUUGGAGUGCUCACCCUCCACCCCCACCAUGAACUCCUACUUCUACAAGUUCAUGAUCAACCUGCUCAAGCGCUUCAGCAGCGAACGGAAACUCCUGGAGACCAGAGGAGCCUUCAUCAUCAGGCAGCUUUGUCUACUUCUGAAUGCAGAAAACAUCUUCCACUCCAUGGCAGACAUACUCCUUCGGGAAGAGGACCUCAAGUUCGCCUCCACCAUGGUCCACACCCUCAACACCAUCCUGCUGACGUCCUCUGAGCUCUUCCAGCUGAGGAACCAACUGAAAGACCUGAAGACCCCGGAAAGCCGUAACCUCUUCUGCUGCCUGUACCGGUCCUGGUGUCACAACCCCGUGACAACCGUGUCCCUCUGCUUCCUUACCCAGAACUACAAGCACGCCUACGACCUCAUCCAGAAAUUGUAUCCUUUGGGGGCUUUCUGCCAGGCCGGUGGCCAGGCUGGCCUCUGGUCCCUCUGUGGCCACCAAGGCCUGGACAGGCUCAGGGACGAGUGGCACCAGGGCUGGGAGACUGGGAGAGACCGGCCCCUUGCCCAGCUGACAGCAGGGGGCUGUGGUGAGGAGGGGGGCUUCUGGCCCAUGUAUGGGACAAAGAUGGAUGAGUUAAUGGCAGGGGCGAGGCUGCUGGUGCCCUAUCUCCGCCUGCAGCUGCUGGAUGUGAAGAACAACCCCUACCUGAUCAAGGCUCUCUACGGCCUCCUGAUGCUGCUGCCCCAGAGCAGCGCCUUCCAGCUCCUCUCCCACCGCCUCCAGUGCGUGCCCAACCCCGAGCUCAUGCAAACCUCGGACAGCACCAAACCGAGCACUAGCUUCAAGAGGGGAUCAGCCUCCAACAUCGACUACACGGAGCUGCUGCAGCACUUUGAGAAGGUCCAAAACAAGCACUUGGAAGCACGGCACCAGCGAGCCGGGCGGGCAGAGCAGCUGGACCGAAGGGUGGUCCUCUGA